AUGUCUUUCUCUCCCGCCUCUCAUCCUACAGCCAAUUCAGGAAAAAACCAGUCAACCUCGAUUCCUUCUGGCGGUGGGAAUGAAAAUGCCUCUCCAGCCCUGCAAGCUACUCAGAACAAUGUUUCUCAUCACGACCUGUCGGCCGUGCGGAGCUGCGUGACUUGUCGUCGAAGGAAAGUCCGUUGCAACAAAAGAUCUCCGUGCUCGAACUGUGUUAGAGCAGGCGUCGAAUGUAUCUUUCCCCCUCCAGGCCGAGCCGCACGCAAGUUGAAACGGCCCCCUGCUGAAAACGAAGCUCUGCUCUCACGACUGCGGCAACUUGAGAACUUAGUCAAAGCAGCUAUUUCGAACCCGAAUACUCAGCCAUCUCCACCUCAGCAGCAAGGUGAUCGCUCGAGCGGCGACCCGCCUGAACGUCCCCAUCCACCUCACGACGUGGGCGGGAGCGAUGCCCAAAAAUGCCCAGUGGCCGGACGCCAGAUCCAGUUGCCUCCUUUGGAGCACGAGUUUGGAAGACUUGUUAUUGAAGAUAAUCGGAGCCGGUAUGUGAGUAAUCGGUUCUGGGCGAGCCUCGGGGACCAGAUCGAAGAACUGCAGGACAUCCUUGAUCAUUCAUCCUCCGACGAUGACGACUCCCCAUCUCCCGGACCGUCUAGUUACUCUACAGCGCAUGAUGGAAUGCUUUUUGGUUUCUAUUCUCUUGCGCACUCCCUGCAGAGUUUCCACCCACCUCCAGGCAAGGUCCCAGUGCUAUGGAAUAUCUAUGCUGAGAAUGUCAAGCCCCUAUUGCCUGUGGUCUAUGGUCCUGCCGCUCAACAUAUGUUCGCAAUAGCUGCUCGUACCCCGGAAGUGUUGGACAAAAACAAUGAAGCCUUGCUCCUUUCUAUGUACUUUGCCGCCAUAGUGAGCAUGUCGGCUGAGCAGUGUAUAGCCCGUCUAGGAGAAGCUCGUGAUACCCUCGUCAGCCGUUACCGGUUCGCUGUGGAGCAAGCAUUGUCCAAAGCCGGUCUUAUGAAUACCCAGAGUCUGACGCUAAUGCAAGCCGCGGUGAUAUUCUUGAAUGCUGUCCGUCGAGAUGAUGACACCAAGUUUGUUUGGUCAAUGUCCGCUCUUAUACUCCGCCUGGCACAAGGACUCGGCCUGCACCGAGAUGGCAAUAAUUUUGACCUGAAGCCAUUCGAUGCCGAGAUGCGUCGAAGGCUAUGGUGGCAUGUUAUUCUGCUUGACCUUCGAUCCUCCGAGGACCAUGGGACGGAUGUUCAGAUCCAUGACCGAAUGUUUGAUACCAGACUUCCCCUGAAUGUCAACGAGAGCGACCUCUCUGCUCACGCGACAGAACGUCCCACGCCAAGAGUUGGAUUUACUGACAUGACCUUCUUUCUCAUACGCUGUGACAUCUGCUAUGCUCUUCGGCGAGUGGCCUAUACAUGCCCGAACACGAGUGGCGCGGUUUCGGGACCAACUCCAGAUAACUGCCCCAAUGUUGUACAAACUGUCAACAUGCACAUCGAAGAGCAAUAUUUAAAGCACUGUGACAUGUCCGAUCCGAUACAGUGGAUUAGCGCAACUGUUGCGCGUCUCGUCCUCACGAAGAUGUGGCUAGUGAUACACCAUCCGAUAACCCGCUCCGAUCUUGACUCUCAGAUUAGCCAUGAGUCUCGGGAAAGUCUGUUCAUCACUUCUAUCGAGGUUACCGAAUUUGCGCGUCUGAUCAAAGAAGACCAAAACACGCAGAAGUGGAGCUGGAUGUUUGACGCUCAUAUGCAGUGGCAUGCCAUAGCGAUGGUCCUUUCUGAACUCUGUGUACGUCCGUUGAGCCCUUUAACAGAUCGUGCAUGGGUAGCUGUGACGACUGUUUACGAUGACUGGCUUCGGACCGCAAAGCAGCGGAAGGGUAUGCUAUGGAGACCGCUCGCCAAGCUUAUGAAGCGUGCAGGCGCGUUGAGAAAGAAGCAACUGGCGGAGCUAGAAAGCAAUCAUGUUCCUGCUCAGAACACAAUACCUGUUCUCGCAGGAUCAGACCGGCCUGAUUGGCUAAGGUCAGAACAGCCUUCCAUAGGAUCUCCUUUCUCAUCUCACUUCCCGGAGCACUCAAGAUUGGCUGCUGCGGCACCACCAAUGGACUUGAUCUCUUCCCAACCGCAAGGCCCGCUGGAAUUUGACAUCAGCGAAGGUCCGAUGGGUGUUCUCAGUUCAAUGUUCCCUGGAGGUAAUUUCUUCACCACUCCUGAGAGCCUGAGUGACCCAACGACCAUGUCCAAUGCACAAAAUAAUGGAACCUCCCAAGGCCCCCUUAACCCAGGUGCCAACUACCAGGAAUGGGACCAAGUGCUGCGGGACUUUCAGCUCGACAUGCAGGAAAUGCAGGGCAAUCCCUUGAGUGACAUUACCGGGUGGGUGACUUGA